UAGAACAUAUUUAAAAAUUUGAAAGUCAUUUCAAGGAUCGCUGUAAAUACGAAUAGCAGGAACUACAAUGUAUCCUGUAAUAGUUUGAUUGGUCAACGAAAUACAGUUCAUCAUGGAGUACGUCGAUGCUGCAAAAAGUAAAAGCAACGACAAUUCUUGUAACUCAACUCCUUGUGCUGAAUUAGUAUCAAAUACAAAUUCUAAUGAAAAUUUACUGGUAGAAAAAAAAGAUUCAACAGUAAAACAUCAAAUUCGAGGCAUACAAAAGAGAGAUAAUAAUAUUGCAACUACCUCGCAUGAUCCACCCCAAGAGAACAUAGACUUUAAAGUGAUUUAUAAUAAACAAAGGAUUAAUGUAAAUUUUCCACUUGAUGGCACAGUGGCAAAACUAAAAGCUUAUCUUCAAAAUAUCAUAUCUGUGCCACAAUCUAUGCAGAAAGUUAUGAUUAAAGGACUAGCCAAAAAUGAACAAACAUUAAGAAGUUUGGGUGUUACAAAAGGUGCCAAAGUGAUGGUAGUAGGGUCAAAACUAGAUGAUGUAUUAGCCAUUUCACUUCCAUCAAAACAGGAUUUGUUAGAUGAAGCUGCUUCCACCACAAAUAAAGAACCUUUAUCUCAGCAAAAAAUACAUAGGAAAGUAUUAGAUAAAGGUAUGCCUGAUGAUGUGAUGCCUGGUAUAUUAGAUAGUAAGGAACCUCUACCAGAAUUUCCAUUGGCCGGUAUGUUAAAUAAAUCUGGCGGUAAAGUUAGAUUAACAUUUAAAUUGGAGCAAGAUCAGCUUUGGAUUGGUACAAAAGAAAGAACAGAUAAAAUACCCAUGAAUUCCAUAAAAGGUGUACACAGUGAACCAAUACAUGAUCAUCCAGAAUAUCAUAUUAUGGCUAUACAAUUAGGCACAACAGAAGCUUCGAGAUACUGGAUAUAUUGGGUUCCUGCACAAUACAUAUCCGCUAUAAAAGAUGCUGUUCUUGGCAAGUGGUGCUACUUCUGAUCGAACAUUGAUGGAAGUUUCGGUCUCUUCAAAAACAAAGCGUAAUCAGGUGUAAGCAUUGAUACAAACACGACUGUACUAGUCACACAUUUUUAACAGUAAGUAAUAACUUAUUUUGCGUUGGAUAAUAACUGAUAUGUUCUAAUAAAAGUAUUCUUUCUUUUUAUUAAGGAAAUUUUCUUAGAUAAUUUUUAACUUUGUUAAAAAUGAUAAAAAUAUUUUAUAAAGAUUAAUACAUUUUACGAAUUUAUAAUUACCAUUUCUGAUAGCAAAAAGAAAUGUUUAUACAACAUUGCGAUUUCUGGAUUAUUGAAAUUUUUUAAUAUAUUGAAGUAAUGCUAACUGUAACCUUAAUUUCUCUGAAUUAUAUCGUAUAUAAGAUUUGUAAAUAUCAUAAGUUUUUUAACUCUUAGGAAAAUACGUUAUAUUAAAAAGAAACAUUUUAUUACAUUAGGUAAAAGAAUUGUCAUUUAAAUGAACAGAUUAAAGAACUUUAACUUUUCUGUUUAUUUAAAUAGAAAUGCUUGGAUCUUUAAAAUAAAAGUGAAAUGUUUGUAAAAUUACAUUUAUAGGAGGAAGUGAAGAAAGAAGUUAUGAUGUUGCAUUUACAAUCUUUUGAAGUUCGUCGAGAAAUAAUUCAACUUUUUAGUACAUUUAAUGACACUAAAUAAUAAAUUACAAUAGUUUAGAUAUUCAAAAACGAAUUGUUUCAAAUCUAUUUUUAUAGUUACAGUUUAUGUCGAGUAUCGAAACUGAUUUUAUAAAUGUUAAGUUUCAAAACAAAUUUGUCGCAAAUUAAUUUGAUUCAAUUAAAAAAAAAAAAGAACAAGAAGGUACGAAUUAUAAACGAAAUUCAAGUUGCAAUAAGCUAAGUUAUUAUCAAGAAAUAUAGUCCGCAUUUUGUAAAGAUAGGAAAAAUGCAAUUUUUGGUACGGUGUUACUGUUCGAUUACGAAACAACGAAUUUGUCAAAAUAUAUUUGCACGCGUCUUGAUAUUGGCCUAUAAAACAAAAAUUUGUCCAGGGGAAUUAGCUGUCUCAAAAUUUCGCUACGCACUAGAGUUCAAGUGGACUGUAUAUCUCGACGAGCAUUAUUAAGACGAGCAUUAAAUUAUUAUGUAACGUUAGUAUUAUAAACUGCUGUAAAUUAGGUUUUAUACUGUACAUGUACACAACUGAAGGAACGAGAACCCGGGAAAACGACAAAUCAAACUUGUAUCUACCGUAAUAUCUACAUGGAAUUCAUAACUAUUUGCACAUUCGAAAAACUAUUUCAAUGUCCAUUUAAAAUAAGACUUGUACAUCAUGUUGUGUGAUUUGAUAAAAAUAAACAAUUUUAAGUCUUCUCAAA